AUGACAAUCAUGGAGAAACGCACGCCUCCGAAAGAUGAGGAGGUCAGCGACAUAUAUGAGUUUCAGGUCGGGAAAGUGAAAUGGUAUCGCUCGACCUUCUACAAUGCUCUCAUCCUGGGCCUCUGUAAUCUCCUCGCACCCGGUAUAUGGGGGGCCAUGAACUCCCUAGGUGGCGGAGGCGAGGAGAAACCUUACCUCGUCAAUGCAGCAAACGCAUUAACCUUCGGUCUCAUGGUGAUAUCUUGCUUCCUGGGCAGCGUCGUCGUCCGAUUCAUCGGCAUAAAGUGGACCUUGAUCAUUGGAACAAUGGGUUAUGCGCCUUACGCCGCGGGACUAUACACGAACAACCGCUUUGGAGAUUCAUGGCUAGUGAUUCUGGGAGCAGCGCUCUGCGGUAUCUCAGCAGGUAUUUUCUGGAUGGCUGAAGCUGCAAUUGCACUCUCGUAUCCCGAGCCAUAUAAUCAAGGUCGCUUUUUGGGAUUUUGGCUCAGCUUUCGUGUUGGAGGACAGAUUUUGGGUGGUGCGAUUAGCCUGGGCAUCAAUGCUAAUCGCGCGACUGAGGGUAGCGUGUCGUACACCGUGUACAUCAUCUUCAUUGUUCUUCAGGCCUUGGGACCAUUUGCGGGAUUGCUUCUGAAUUCCCCAUCUCGUGUGCAGCGAAAAGAUGGAGUCCCCGUGCGAUUGAGGGUGGAUAACAGUGUGGGUUUCGAGAUUAAGCAGAUGAUAAAGCUGUUUUUGAAUCGAAAGUUCUUGCUGAUCAUUCCGUUUGUAUGUCAGGCCGUUUAUACUGAGGCAGUGAUGUUCUCUUACGAGGACUUAUGGCUCAGUGUGCGCGCAAGAGCUCUCGGCUCUUUUCUCAGUGGUGUGAUUGCACUAAUAGCAGGAAAUAUACUGGGUUCUUUCCUCGACAACAAAUCAAUUUCGCUCAAGACACGGACGAGAUCUGCCUUCUUCUUUGUCGUUGGCUGGCAAGGGCUUUGCUGGAUUUGGGCGACAGUGAACACGACAGAAUUCAACAAGACGAACCCGGUGUACGACUGGGUUGACCCUGGGUUUGGGAAAGCUUUUGCUCUUUUCUUGUUUUGGGUUGCCGGUUUUCAACUCAAUUAUAUGUAUCUGUUCUUUUUGGUCGGUAACUUGGCGGAUGACGAUGAGGAAGUCGUCCGAAUCGCUGGUCUGUUGCGUGGAACUGAGUCAGCUGCGCAAGCUGUCAGUUAUGGUCUCAGCAGUCUGACUGUCAUGGCCGCCGUGGGAAGUGUUUACCUCAACUUUGUCUUGUGGGGAAUUGCAAUCUUACCUGCAUGGCUCCUUGUCAAAGAAGUAGGAGAUCUUCUUGGUGACAAGAAGCUUGAAAGAGAAGCUCGAGUGCUACGAGAACCAUCUGAUACUGUACUAGGUAACUGA